AGGCUGCUCACAGGUGUGUCCUUUGUGCCCUGGCCAGGUGACUGCGUGUACCUGAUGAGGGACAGCCGCAGGACCCCCGACGGGCACCCGGUGCGGCAAUCGUACCGCCUGCUGUCCCACAUCAACCGCGACAAGCUCGACAUCUUCCGCAUCGAGAAGCUCUGGAAGAACGAGAAGGAGGAGCGCUUUGCCUUUGGCCACCACUAUUUCCGUCCGCACGAAACGCACCAUUCCCCGUCUCGCAAGUUCUACCACAACGAGCUCUUCCGGGUGCCCCUGUAUGAAAUCAUCCCCUUGGAGGCCGUGGUGGGCACCUGCUGUGUGCUAGACCUCUACACCUACUGCAAAGGUGGGAAUUAAACACAUCCCUGAGCAUUUGGG